AUGACUUCUCGCCGUUCGCGUUCGCGUUCACGCUCCCCUGGACGUUCAAGAAGAAGAGAGCGGUCUCGCUCGUACUCAGAAGACGAGGAACGUCGUCUACCACACAAUGCUUCGCCAAUAUCAGAGUCGGAUUACUUCCAAAAGAGCGACGAAUUCAGGAUUUGGCUAAAGGACGAGAAGGGAAAGUACUUUGAUGAGCUAUCUGGAGAGAGGGCCCGAAGCUAUUUCCGCAAGUUUGUAAAGGCUUGGAAUCGAGGGAAACUAUCGAGUAAAUACGUUCCUACCAUUCCCGCUGACAUCCAACUGACACCCGUCUCAGAAAAACUCUAUGCUGGCGUAGACAGCUCUUCCAUACCCGCUACCUCACAAACGUCAUACAAGUGGUCUUUCGCUUCCAAAUCUGACGGAGAGGCUCUCCGUGCGGCGCGAGAGUCCGUCGGGGUUGCCACGCAAAGCCGCGCGCUUCCAGAAUCCUCCGGUGCAGGGCGUGUACAAGGGCCGACGCUUCCUUCUGCGGCUGAUUUGGUCCUAGCGAGAGAAAUGGAUGCAGAGCACCGUGAUGAGGAGCGGAAGUAUAAGCGUAAGAGGGAGCGCGCAGAGGAUAAGGACCGUAUUGAGGAGAUGGUCGGGCCAAGGGAGGUCGGAAGGGAAGGGAUGUUGGAGAAGAAACGUGCUAGGAGGGAAGCGGAUAAGUCUUUCCGCGAGAAAGGUGAUGACGCAGUGGAGCUCGAUGAAUCAGCGCUGUUUGGUGGCGAUAGCUUUCAAGCUCGGAUUGCCAGACGUGAUGCUGGCAAGAAGAGGUAUCAACAAGCACAAGAAGAGAAGGCCGCAGCUAUGCGCGAACGAGCUACAGCUAUAAAGGAGAAAGAAAGCGCUACGAUGUCUAUGUUCCAGCAGCUGGCUAAACAGCGGUUUGGAUGAUGUACGUUAAUGGAAUUUGUGCUUUCACCAGGCGCGGUCGUCGGGAUCCAGAAGCUCCGGCUGUGGAAAUAUUCCUCGUCAUCGUCCGUCUCCCGCUCAAGGGCAAUAACGACUUACUUUUACGCCUCUACUACGAGGAGCAGCCCUGGGCCUCGAAUGUGAGAUAUGUCUCUUCGAGGAAGAACAGAGCCUCCAUCGCUGGAACAUGCCACACCAGGGGCAGUCCGGAGCAUCCCAAGCUUGGUCUUCUCUAUCUAGGACCUGCGCCUGCACCGGUCUUGUGUCCUCCUAAGAAGUCCUUUGUCAAUUCUCCACACGCAAUGAAAUAAUCUUGUGCGCAACUCGAAGUGU